UGCGCGCUGCUGCCUUGAUUUGCUGAGCAAUUUGAUACUUCAAGUGUAUGUGUGUGCGAGAAGGAGAGAGAGAGAGACUUCUCAGGCAGUGGUCGGUAUGACUUAACUACGUGCACUGAAAGUUAGAAAUUAUUUUACCGCUGCCUUCUCACUCGCUGCAUAGUUGUGAACCGCUCGGCGAGCCUAAAACGAGUUCUAUCAUUUUUUUCUUGCACUUUACUCCCGUGUAAUGGAGGGACCCGUUCGGAUUUUCCACCACAAGAAUGCGUUUUUUCUCCAGUUCGCCCGGCUGUCCGCAGCUCCAGUCGUCCUGUGAGAGAGGUGUGUGUGGGCAGAGGGGGUGUGCGCGGGGCACAGGGGUGAAGGCACACCAUGGACUUCAGUUUGAGGCUCCUGUCCACUGUCCUCUACCUCUGCCAGGCCCUGCUCGUCUGCUGCUUCGCCGUACCCCUGUCCUUCCGCUCGGAGCCCGUUUCCACGGCGCAGCGGCGGGGGGGCGUGGUCCACCUGCGCUGCUCGGCCCGCCCCCCCUCGGCGCGGUUGUCGUGGCGAUUCAUGGGGCGGAGCCUGGAGCCGGGCGUGGCGGCGGGCGUGAGGCUGAGGUCCGGGUCCCUCACCCUCCCCUCCCUGCAGCCCGAACAGGAGGGGCUGUACCAGUGUGUGGCUCAGGGCCCGUCUGGAGCCAUCGUCAGCAGUGCUGCACUCGUCACCAUCGCAGGUAUCUCGGAGUUCGGCGAGUCUCAGAAGCGCUCUCUGGCAGUAGAAGAAGGCGGGACGGCGCUGGUAGAGUGCCCCCUGCCCCACAGCGACCCCCCUGCCCUGCCUCGUCUGCGGGUUCGGGGAGAGUGGCUGGAACAGUCCGCAGGUGAAUAUUUAAUCCUCCCAUCUGGGAACCUUCAGAUAGUGUCUGUGUCCUCGAGGCACCAGGGAACAUAUAAGUGUGGCGCAUUCAACCCCAUCACCAGGGAGGCCAGGGUGGAGGCCCACGGCACCAGAUUGAUUGUAAAACGUUCAGAUGGACCCUCCAAGGUUCGGAUUGUGUUUCCCGUCACCCUGCUGACCCUGAACGCGGUACGGUCCGAGUCCUUAACCUUGGAGUGCGUCCUGGCGGGGCGUCCCUACCCCAUUGCCCGCUGGGUAAAGGAUGGACAGGACGUGGUGCUGGGAGCUAGCCAUACGCUGCUACACAACAACCUCCAUUUAACGUCUGUGAAGCUGAGUGACGCCGGGAACUACCAAUGUCUGACCCAGAGAGAGGCGGGGGGCGUGGUCAGCGCCAACUACACUGUGAAUGUGUUCGAGCCUUCCUCCGUGUUGCGGGGGUUGUCGGAUCAAUCCGUUACCUCCGGUUCCUCCGUACGAUUCGUCUGCGCGGCGAAGGGAAACCCCGCCCCCAACAUCACCUGGCUCUUCAACGGCAACCCAAUCAGCUCCUCGAACCGCCACCAGGUCUCCGGCUCCUCCCUUCGCAUCGCCGCGGUGACGUCUCAAGAUCAGGGCGUGUACCAAUGCCUGCUGGACAAUGGGAUUGGCCGGGCCCAGUCUGCUGGUACACUCACCGUCCAAUCAGGUCCAAGCUCCAAACCCGCCAUCUUGUCCCCACCUUUAAGUGGUAGCUAUCAGGAGGGGGACGACGUAUUCCUGUCCUGUAACGCCAGCGGUCAACCCCUGCCGGUUAUCCGCUGGUACGAUGCUUCCGGCCCCAUCGCCACGCAUCCGGCCCGCCUGCUCCAGCCCCCGCAGGCCGCAGCCAGGGCCCCCGGUGACGGCCCUCCCCACCUCACUAUGUCUCGGCCUGGGAGCAGCUCACUCUACAUCCAGGCUGUAACCCCUGCCCAUGCUGGGAAAUACAUCUGCGAAGCCUCCAACGAGCUGGGCUCCGUGCAGGCAGAGGCUGUUCUCACCGUUGAACCUCUGGAGAUGACCACCCUGGGCGUUGCCACGGACGCCGAGCUGUCGAUCCACCCCAUCCAGAACGACGAGGGGGAGGAGCCGUUUUUACAGGAGGAGGAGGAGGAGGAGCCGGGGGACGGCCACGCCCUGCCCAGCGAGAGGACCAGUGAGCUGCCCCCUCCGGAGGCGCCAAUCAUCACCAGCCCGCCCCAGACGUACAAGCCCGACGUCUACGACCUGGAGUGGCGGCCGGGGCGGGACUGGAGCAGUCCUAUCAGCGCCUACUUCGUGAAGUACCGCAAGCUGGACGACGCGGGGAACAUGGUUGGCGAUUGGCACACAGUGCGCGUGCCGGGCAGCGAGAAGACGCUGCGUCUGUCGGAGCUGGAGCCCUCCAGUCUGUACGAGGUCCUGAUGGUCGCCCGCAGUCUGGCCGGAGAGGGGCAGCCGGCCAUGCUCACCUUCCGCACCGGCAAGGAGAGGAUCUCCUCCAACAAGAACCCCUCCAAGCCCCCGAUUCUGUCCGUCCCUGACAGCUCCAACACUCACUUCGGGGUGGUUGUGCACGACACCGUGCCAGAGGCCCCGGACCGGCCCACGAUCUCCAUGGCGACGGAGAGCUCGGUGUACGUCACGUGGAUUCCCCGGGCCAAUGGGGGCUCUCCGAUCACGGCGUUCCGCGUGGAGUACCGGCGCCAGGGCCGCAGUGCGGAGUGGGUCACCGCCGCCAACAACAUCUCCCCCCUCAAGCUGUCCGUGGAGGUGCGCAGCCUGGAGCCAGGCUCCACCUACCGGUUCCGGGUGAUGGCCAUGAACAUGUACGGGGAGAGCCCCCACAGCGCCGCCUCCAGGCCGUACCCGGUGUCUGCGGUCAGCCCGCCGUUCUCCAACCGCCCGGUCGCCGGGCCUCACAUCUCCUCCACGGACGCGGUCAGCGACACGCAGAUCAUGCUGCGAUGGACCUAUACCCCCUCCAGUAACAACAACACCCCCAUCCAGGGGUUCUACAUCUACUACCGCCCCACGGACAGUGACAACGACAGCGACUACAAGCGGGACGUAGUGGAAGGCAUCAAGCAGUGGCACCUGAUUGGCCAGCUCCAGCCAGAGACGUCCUACGACAUCAAGAUGCAGUGCUUCAACGACGGAGGAGAGAGCGAGUACAGCAACGUCAUGAUCUGCGAGACUAAAGCUCGCCUGGCUCCAGGCGUGGCCCCCCAGAACCCGGUGACUCCCCCCGGGCCGUACCCCCCGGACCCCCCAUCCCCACAGGGGGGGCUGCUGUACCUGAUCGUGGGCAGCGUGCUGGGCGUGAUGGUGCUGAUCCUGCUGGUCUUCAUCGCCAUGUGUCUGUGGAGGAACCGUCAGCAGAGCGGCCUACACAAGUACGACCCCCCCGGAUACCUGUACCAGCCUGCGGAGAUGAACGUCCUGGAGUACACCACCCUGCCGGGCACCAGCCGGAUCAACGGCGGGGUCCACGGGGGGUACGGGGGCAUGGCCCCGCCCGGCUGCCCCCACCUCCACCACAAAAUGCCCAACGGCCUGGCCCUGCUGAACGGCACGGGGGGGCUCUACGCCCCCGCACACAACCACAGCCACGACGGGGCGCUGCCCCACACCGCGCUGGACUACGAGCACCCACACACGCACCCGCACCCCCACAAUGGGGGCGGGAUGUACACUGCGUUACCCCAAUCAGAUCCCUCCGACUGCAUGAGCUGCCAGAACUUCUGCAACAAUAACAGGUGUUUCACGAAGGCCAACGCCAGUUUCUCAAACGGGAGCCUUCCCAUGAUGCACCGCGUGGUGCCCUGCCAGGCCGACGGGUUAGAGAUGGUGCCCCUGGGUCACAUGACCUCCCGCUGCCACACCCCCAGUGUCCAGCAGUGCCCGGGGGAGGAGACUGGCAGGCAAGGGGAGGAGUCAGAAGACAAAGCCCUGCCCCUUUCCCAGCAUUCCUGCUGUCAAUCACAGGAAUGCCAGCACUACCAAUCAGAGGAAAGAGACGAGGAGCCGCGGCAGGAGGAGGAAGAGGAGGUGCAGGAGGAGGAGGAGGAGGAGCAGGAGCCCUGCUGGGAGCAGCUGAGUCUGUCGGACCUGGACUGUAACGAGAAGACCGGCUGGGUCUCCUCUGCCAUCCCCAUGGAGGCCUGAUACAGCGCCCACUGCAGGAGGCCUGAUACAGCGCCCACUGCAGCCCCCACUGCAGGAGGCCUGAUACAGCCCCCACUGCAGCCCCCACUGCAGGAGGCCUGAUACAGCGCCCACUACAGGAGACCUGAGAGCCCCCCCCCACACACACACACACACACACUCACACAUACACACACACACACACACACACUCACACUUAUACACACACACACACACACUCACAUACACACACACACACACUCACACAUACACACACACACACACACACGCACACACACACACACACACACACACACAUACUCAAACAUGUACAAACACCCACACACUCAAGCACACACUCAAACACUCACACACACAUACAUACACAUGCACACACACACACACACACACACACACACGCUCAAACGUGCACACACACCACACAUGCUCAAACAUGCACAUUCACCCACACACUCAAGCACACACACACACACACACACACAUAUGCACACACUCAUACACGCACACAGGCACACACAUACACAGGCACGCACAGACAUUCUUGUGGACAUGAGUACACAUACACACUCACUAUACCACUGAAAAGUCUGUAUAAACACACACACACACACACACACACAGACACACACACACGCUGUGAGCGAGCACAGGCGAGGGCAAGGAGCAGGAGCAGCCGACACGGGUGAGGGAGGAGCCCGGCUCGGUCAGACACGGACAAUUUAUGGCACAGUGACAAAGGACACAAAGCUGCCUGCGGUCUGCGCUGGGCGGGGAACGCCACUCCGAGAGAGAGACGAGAGAGAGAGAGAGAGUCAGAGCGAGAGACCGGGAGCGACCGAGCGAGAGACCGGGAGCGACCGAGCGAGACACCGGGAGAGAAAGAGCAAACUGCAACCACAGCCCACAAACCUGGGGGAAAAAGAGGAUCUAAAAAAAAAGAACAAAAACUCUUUAGACAACCUAUUUAUUUUUUUGUAGUAGUAAAAUAUUAUUUCAUAUGAAUGUAUCUGUUUUAAGAAAAAAAAGUUUGUCUUAUAUUAUUUAUGCUUUUUUGAUGAGAAAUACUUUUUUAUUUUUUUGUUUUUUUGUUUCUUUAUUGUGCUUUCCACACUGUGGAUUUUAGCCCUUUUUAUGUAAAAAGUUUUGUAUAAUAUAAAGAGAAAUUAUGGAAGAUACGAUGCCUUCUAUUCGUUUGUCCUUGUUUGGUGAUUUUUCCCAGAAACAUAUGCUAGUUCUGCAUGGCAGUCUGUUUAUUAAAUUACUCAUUUGAAAUGAAGUGAAGCAGCUAAGAAUCCAUGUUUUGAUUGGUUUAUGUAAAGAACAUAUGUCAGUGACCUUCGCUGUGAUUGGUUCAAUCUCUUAUGCUACAACCAAUGGCGAUGGAGGUGGCCCUCCCAGCAAAUGUGACUUGAUUCUUAACUCUGCUGUGCUUUUGUGCGUAUGGAUGCUGCUGGGGGUCAAGUGGGGUUUCCUGGGUGUCUUCAUGAGAGAAGCUGCCAUGUAUCUACAGUACUACAAAUUAUUGACUCGUGGAGCCAAUCAAAACAUGAGUUAUCUGUAACCCAAUAGCUUGAAUUGAUUGACAUGACCAUCAGCCAAUAGCAUCCCCCAUUAAGUGUUCCCUGAAGCCUCACCCCCCAGCCAUGCUUUCGUGAUUUGACCGUUAAGUGAUCUCUGGAGAUCAGGACCUCAUCCAAUGUACACUGUCUUGAUCUGCUGAGGUCACGUUUCCAGUGAUAAUAACUUACUGUAUCUCGUGGGGAGCACUUAGCUUUGAUAUGUGACAUUGUCUCCAAAUGAUUUAUGCUUAAGGAAAUGGCACCAAGUGUAAUAAAAUAGUAAACAUAACAUAA